AUGCCAUAUUAAUAAAUGGAAGGAGACUUGGAAAAGGACAUUUUUGGAUAUCAAAGUGCUUUUUUAAGGGAAGGAUGGUAUACUACUUAUGGUAGAUUUGAUGAUAUAAUAAAUGCAUAAAAGGGAAAAGAUAUUGAUUUGGAUAGGAAGAUUAUAAAUUUGAGUCAAGAAAUUCAACAAAAAAAAGAUUAAACAACACUAUAUAAAUAACCAAAAGAUUCAAGCGCAAUUAAUCAAAAAUUGGAUUAGAUCUUAACUCCAACUCAAGGAAACAGCAAGUGA